AUGACGCUCAUUGUCCCGGCUUUACGCCUUCUUAUGCUUGCACUCAACGUGUAUGACACCUACAAGGUGCUCAAACCGCCUCGUGUCUCUGCUCGCAGUCGCGAUGGUCGUCCAGCGGAGCGAGCCUUUUCACAAAGGAAACGCAAGAUGAAGGGAUGCCUCGCAGUGUGGCUUGUUUGGUAUUGUUAUGUGGCCUAUGAGAGCACUGUGGAGAACUUAAUCUCGCUAUUUAUCCCAUUCUAUGACUCUUGCAAGUCGCUGGUAUUGCUCUUCCUUAUUUUGACACGGGCGAGGGGCGCAGAACCCAUCUUUCUUCAUAUUAUUCGACCACUGCUGCGUCCUUACACCGCCACGCUUGAUGCAGUUGCCGACGUGGGCCGCAUUUUCGGCGACGUCAUCUUUUUGCUGCUUGCCUAUCCUUUCCGAGUCGCAGCAGAAUGGUGGAAUACAUAUUGGACACCAGUCGAAGACUCGGAGCCAAUUUCCCAUCCUAUUUCUCUCCAGCCAGGUGGUGGCAAACGUCGUUCUGCAGUCGGGGAUAGUCCUCAGCACGCGGCAGUUUCAGUGACAGCAUCGCUCUAUCAAAUUUGGCACCCGCCUCGCGCUGCAUACGAAGAUGACGACGACCCGCCCCCAAUGCCUGUCCCGCAAAUCCCUCUUGAAACACCCGAAGCACAACUUGCUCGAAAGGAAAUGGAGGAAUGGAGACAGUACCCACCGAUACCUUCGGCUUACCCUCCCACGCCGCUUCCCAUUCGAACGAGUGUUCCCGAACCAGAACCAGUCAUUUCGGAGGAGGCCAGAAAACAGAUGGAUGAGUGGAGAAAGUACCCUGCUUUUCCGUCGGCCUAUCCAGCCACACCACUUUCUCGGCCUUUGCCAAUAUCUGCCACUGUUUCAUCAUCGCUCGCGCCUCCCCAAUUUGCUCCAAUAAUGGAAGAGGAAGAUGAGGAAGUUUCGCAUCAAUCAAGUUUUGGAGAGUCGCUCCCGUCGCUGCCUGAGCUCUUAAAUCCCGGCUCUUCGCGAGGCGCGAGCGACAUGAGAGGAAAUGCAUUAGGGAUCUAUGAAGGCGAAAUGGACCAAGAUGAUGACGAAGAUGAUUCUGAAGACGACGAGUUUGACGUUACUUUACGGACACCGGAGCCAACUACCCCAAGGACAACAAGAUCAAGGACGAAACGGACUGAAGCUAUUUCUUUGUCGAGACUUUCUUCCGUUUCCGAUUCUGACCCGAUAGCCGGCCGCAAACGCUCUCGCGAUCUUGUUUCACCUGCUGGAAGUGGGGAAGAGAGCGCGAGUACCUCGCCUACACCGUCAGAGGCAGCCAAUCCUUCGGCAUUGGCUGAGCUUUCUGCAUCGGAGUCUGAUACGGAGGGGGUCGCCAGCGCGGUUGAGGAAGAGAGUGCUAGUGAUGCGGAAUUGCCUGCGACAACUGUUGCACGACCUUCCAAAGCUGGUAACUCCAAGCGACGGAAGGUGGUUGGAGAAGAAACUCCGCGGCGAGUGCAGCCCCGACGUGGGGCACAACCACAGCCCCCAGCAAAACCACGCAAUAACCCGAACACGGCUUCAGUCGCCCCCAACCGAACAUCAAGCAGAAUUGCCGCCGCCACAGAUCCCACUCGCCCGUCCACUUCUCGCCGGGGCUCGAAGAAGUAG